AUGAAAAUAUUAUUCUGGUUAAUCUCAAGGUGUUAUUUGUGGUUACCUCGUAAAAUUCAGAAGUCUGUAUAAAAAUCUUUAUUGUUACAACAGGGAAUUGAUUAGACACAAAAAGUAAAAUUUCAAACUUAAAUUAGAUUGAAUUCUCGAAUGGAGAAGUGCAAAAGAUCACCAAUUUUGAAAUUGCAACCAAUAAUAUCAAAUUAAUUAGUGUAUGGAAAUGUCUUAUUAGUUUAGAUUAAAACUCUUAUAGUGAUAUUUAUAGAAAAAAUUAUUAGCGUUGAGAAUAUUAUAAUACUUGGAAUUCUGAUUAUCGCACUUUCUGGGUAAACCUAUACUCAUGAUCAAAACGAAGAAAUCAUCGUAUAUUACACUCUUUUUUGCUAUCUCUUUAAACUGUUAUUAUCUCUAAUGAACACAUCAAUAAUUGCAUUUUAACGAAAGACAUAAUAAAAUACAAUUAAUUCUUAGCAAUGCACCAUCAUAGCCAAAUUUCCAGAUGUUUCAUCAAAGCAACUCUCCAAUUUAAAUAUUGAGUAAAUUAAAUAAUUAUCAUUUAAUAGGUUGCAUUCAUAUGAAAAAAUUACUUGGAGUUAAUUAAAGGUUGGCCACAUUAUUUGUUUACAACAGAAUGAACAGAGCCCUGCUGAUCUAUUGAUCCUUGAUUCCAGUAAAGAGUAGGUUUUAAUAAACUUUGAUCAAAGAACUCCCUGUUCUUGCACUUUUGUUAGUUUAAAUUAGACUAUUAAGGGAAAUAUUUUAGACUUCAAAACUAAGUUAAGUGGAACUAUUUAAUUCACUGUAACUGAUCUUACAAUACAGGGGACCAUCAAGUUGAAAAAUGACCCAAAAUUAACACCAUUUACGAAAAAGAAUAUGAUUUAAAGAGGAGAAAGAUUGAAUUCAGUUGAUUGGAUAUUUGGAAUGGUCAUUAGAGUGGGGAAUGAUUGCAUAGCAUAAUCCAAUUUUUAUAAUGAGAAUUUUAAACCCUCCAGUUGGAUACAUAAAGUAUAUUAGAAGGUAAUACUCAUUUUAAUCGUUUUGUUUUUAAUUUUGCUGGUUCCAAACAUAAUUUUUUAUUCCUUCUAGUCUUAUGAGAAGUAUUUCUAUAGUAGUAUAUGUUAUUCUUUAUUGAUCAUACCUUAAAAUUUGUUGUGGUUAAAUUAAUUUUGGCUUUUAAUUAAUAUGGUAAAAAAUAAUAACAUUUUUAAUAAAUACAAGAAUGCAUAAAAUGUCCAGUAAAAUUCAAUGAAUAGAUUAUUAAGUGAAAUAAAUGAAAAUCAAGUAGUCAUCAUUUCUGAAAACGAGAAAAAGGUCUUACUACCCAUACAAAAGCAAUUUAAGAUAAAUCUUCUACCCAUCUAAUAAACAGAGAUAUAACUGUUGAAAAAGAAGAAGGACAAUUUCAAAGGAUUUUUAACUUUGUCAAAGAUAAAUAUCCUUGAUAUGAUUAAAGGUGACAUGAUUUUGCUAGACAACCCUUAAGAAAUAUUUAAAAAUAAACCAUAAAUUAUGUAGAUCAUUACAAAGGAUUAAAAAUAAUAUCUUUUUAAUUAUUAAAAACUAUAAGAAUUGGUCAAGAAAGCAUCUCCUACCUUAAAAACAAAUUAUGAAAAAUUAUUAAUAGAUACAAAUAGACAACAGACUAAUGAUGAAUAAAAAACAUAAGAUCUAGAAGUAUUACUGGCAGAGAAGAAAGUUCCAAAUUUAAGAAAUUCAAAUGAAGGUCUCUAUUAAAUCAAAAAAUUGCAAUUGGCAUCAAGAGAAGAACUUGUUAAUAAAACAUUAUUAGGCACAUAAAAGCAAUAGUUGCCUAAAAAGAAAAGUACACGAUAUAUCUUUGAUUAAUCUUUUGCUAAGAAGUCACUUGAUAGAGUGGACUCAAUGAAAGACCUUAGUAAAUUGAAUAAUAGCACACCAAGCUCUUUAUAAAAAUAAAGAAGUUAGUUUUUUGGUAAGGGAGGCACACUCAUAAAAUAAUACAAUAAUAAUUCUUCUCUUUAAGUCUCACCAACAAAAUAAAAUGAAGAUUAAGGAGCAGAUAGAUUGAUAGGAGAUUAUUAUAAUGAAUAAGAUUUUAUUGAUUGCCUUUAUAAAAAGGAUGACACUCUCCACAAUGAAAUUUUAUUGAUGAUUCUAAUUACCAAUAAUAUAUUAAGUGUUUUUGAUGACCAAACUAGGGAACUAUAAUUUAAUUUUGGCAAUAAGUUCGAUGAAUCCCUGUUAGAAUUUACAAAAGUCUUUAAUUAUUAAUUAUUAUGCAGCACUGAAAUCGAGAACUCCAGAUUGGAUUAUAAAUUAAAAAGUUAUAUCAAAAAGGUGAUCUCUAUAGAAAAUUAAGUGAAGGUCUUUGAAGUCUUGGCCUUUUUGGAGCCUACCGAAAAAAGAAAGAAUACACUUUCUGUUUUGGUGAGAGAUCCCGAAUCAUUUUUGUUGGAAGAAGGCUCAAUACUAUACACAAGAAUUUAAACCACUGAAUUGAAAAACGUAUUUAAAGGAAAAAAUGAUCCUCAUAACAAAUAGCCAGAAUAUUAUAGUUACUAUAAUGAACAAUUGUAGGAAUUGUUAUGGGAUGGACAAUCAACUUUUGUGUACAGUAAGAGAUAGUUGAGCCAAGAUUAGACUCAAGAGUUUUUGUAAAAAUUGUCCUAAUUGCAUGAUGCUUAUGGGAAUAGAUCCUAAGAAAUAGAAAUUGAGUACUAGAAAUUGGAAUAAUAAAAUGAAAUACUAUUUUGUAUAGGUAUUAGAUCAGGGAAUCAUCACAACACCUCUCAAAUUUCAUAGAAUGAAUUUUAAAUGGACGCUCUAAAGGAGGAGAAGUUAUUCUAAACACUUCAGAUGUAGAACAUUAAAAUUUGUUUAACUACAUCAGAGUCAUAUGAUGAAUUGAUUAUUUUUCUUAGAUCACAUUAAGUGGUUUAAAAAGAAUAAAUAGUUCAUUUUUAUGAGAGAGAUGUGCAGUAAUUAUAAUACAGAUUUAGAUAACAUAUUUAAUAUAUGUUAGAAGAAUAAGAUAUAAUGGGGAGUGAUGUUUAACAACACUUAGAGAAAUAUAUCAUAAUCAGUAAAGAAUCUUUCAAAAUAAUAUUGUAAGAUGAUUAUCUCAAAUAUCAUUUUGUAUUCAUGACCGAAUUUGCAAGUGGCUUAGGUGCUUAUCAAUUUACUGGUAAAUGUAAUGGGUAAUUAGUUAAAUUGCUCAAAUUGAACAAAAAAAAAGUAAUCUCUAUUGGAAAUUCAUUGCAAAAUAAUUAUUUAUUUAACAAAUCAGACAUUAGUUUUACUUUGACAUAAAAUAACCCAUUCUUUUGCAUUACUUAACCAAAUUUUGUAGUUAGAAAUAUUAAACAAGUAUUUUAACUGUUUUACUUUUAUUGCACUCAAUAUUUAUAGAAUUACAUUUCCUUUUUAGAAAUUCAAGUCUACAGAAGUACUUUAAUAGGAUUAUCAGUUUUUGGCAUCAACCUAUAUUAAAGCGAUAUAAAUCUAUUUAAUUUGAUGAUAUUUUUCCUUGUUCCCAGCAAUAUAUCCACUUUCAUAUUUUAAUCGUAUUUGCUCAUCAAUUAAGUAGAUUACGAUUAGAAAUACUUUAAUAGUUUGACAAAAAGAUUGACGAUUCUAAAAACAGAAAGCAUUGUAAAAUAGUUAAUUAAAAUCAUAAUAAUUGCAAUAUUUGAUUCUGCUUUAUUGAUUAUAGUAGAAAAGGCACUUCUGCAUUUAACUUAUGGAGAUGGAAAGAUCAACUAAACAAAUUAAAUAGUUUUAUUGUAUACAGGAAUUGAGGUUUUAGAGAAAAGUAAAUUAUUAUUUAUUGUUUUUGAUGCAUUCAAUGAUAUAUUAUAUAAGAUAAAACAACUACUCAUUAUUAUCUCUUUAACCUUUAUAUUGUCAAUAUGUUAUUUGAUAGUCUAAUCAAUUGAAGACAAUUAAGAAAUUUCAUUACAAUUCAACAACCCAGGGUUAUAAGUGUUUAUAUUUAUGGCAGCAUUUUUAGUUGGCUUAUCUUUUGUACUCAAAUUAAUGCUGCAAAUCAUUAAUGUGGAUUUUUCAUUUCCUAUUGAUAACUCCUAAUUAGAAAUUCAUAUGAAAGAGAUCAAUAAUAUUAAAUAGAAUCUUAACUCGGACACAAAUGAGAAGGGAUACUUCCAAAAUAUAAAGAAGAUGAUAGAAACCUUGUUUGAGAAUAAAGACAUAGUUGAUGAAUAAAUAACCAAAUUCAUUAAAGUAGAUCAGACUACAAUAGAUUACAUGGAUAAAAAUCAUGGAUUUUAUGAUAGGAGAACUGAAAAUGACUUUAUGGAUUUCUUUAGAUAGUAGAAUUGGUAGAAGUAUAGUUUGUCCUAUGUAUUUGUAUUCUAUGAAGGCACAAUAUUUAUUUCCCAUCUCUAUGAAAUUAUGAUGAAUGACUUUUCAACAUCGAUCCUAAUAGUAAUCAUCAUCUAGUUAAUGUUGUAAUUGCUUAUAGUGAUAUUCUAAUUCAAAUUCAUAAAUAACAAGACUUCGCAAUAGUACUUGUAAAUAGUAUCAUUUGGAUUGCGGUUCAUCUUUAAGAUCCUAAUAGAUCUACUCUAUUUAGAUGAGAGAAAGGAGUUCACUGCUUUUCUAUAUCAUACCUUAUUUAGCCUAUCUUUUGCCCUCACAACUCAGCCAAAAAUCAAUAUUUACCUAUACGCUGCCUUGCAAUUGCUUAUGUAUCUAUUUGAAUUGGUGUUGGAUGGAUUCAGCAUUAAAUAUGAUAACAUUAACGAAGCCAUAUUUUGUUCCUUUAAAUACUUCUUCAUAAUAAUAGCAAUCUCAUACCCCAUUUUUAAUUAUAUACAAAAAAUACAGUUCCUAUAAAGAUCUUCGUAUGUCUACCAAAAUAGAUUGAGUAAGGAAUAGAAAAAAAUUAAUAGAGUGUUGGGUUUGUUAAUGCCUCGAUUCAUACAAGAGAGGAUGAAUAAAGGCCAAAUUUAAAUAUCGUAAGAUUAAGGAGAUGUAAGUGUGUUAUUUUGCGACAUUUAUCAGUUCGAUAAGGUAAUCAAGGAUUAAUAGGAGAAAAUAAUAGAAUUUUUAGAUACCCUCUAUAGAGCCUUCGAUCAAUUGUGUUAAAAUUACGACUUAUAGAAAAUUGAGACUGUUGGGAAAACAUACAUGGCAGCAGGAGGACUCAAGGAUUACGAUGUUGUGAUAAGUAAAUUAAAAUUCGAUCAUUUUAGAUUAAAAGAAUGCCAACAGCACAUCAAGAGCACUUGAAACUGCAAUAUAAAUGAUGGAGACUGUGAAAACUAUGAAAUAUGGGGAUAAUUAGGAUGUGCAGUUAAAAAUAGGAAUUCAUUUUGGGAGAGUGAUAGCUGGAGUUAUUGGUGUUCACAAACCUUAGUUCUCGUUGAUAGGAGAUACAGUUAAUACAACAAGCAGAGUAUGUAGCACAGGUGAAGCUGGAUUUAUUACUUUAAGUGAGGCUGCAUAUUUGCAUGUGAAAGACAAUACUAAAUAUUAAUUUGAGAAGAAAUCAGUUGCUGCUAAAGGUAAAGGGAUGAUUGAAACAUAUAAAUUGAUUUUAUAAUAAAAAGAAUCAACACGAAUAUUGACUCCCAAAGUAUCGACAUCCGAAUAUCAGGAUAAGAAUUCAAUUUAAUCGAAAGAACCUAGGAAGAUAAUGAAUUUUAAAUCAUCCACAGACAAAAAGAAUAUCUUUAAAAGACCGUCAGUUCAACCUGCCUAAAUCGGAGCCUUGAAUCUCAAUGAUCAUGCCAAAUCCCCCAAAGUUGUCAUUAGAUAGCUACAUAGAGAAACCCAAUCUUCCAUAAUGCCAAAUAUGAUUUUGAAAAAAAAACCAUCAAUAGAAAACGAUUUAGAAAGCAAACGAUUAAAUUCCAUCAAAUCUAAAUCAUUUAAUUAAGUACCAUAAUUUUACUAAUUUUAAGAAUGAUGAUGUGAAAGAUAACAACCAUAAUAGUAAUGCAAAGACACCUGGAUUUCAAAAAAAUUGGAUUUAAAAACGGCAAAGUGCUGUUGAAGAAAAAUUACCGAAUUUUUUAGCAUAACCCAAUAAUCAAUAGGAUUCAAUUACUUAGAUUUAGUUCCAAGUAGAUUCAAAGCCUCAAGUCUAGGCUGUAUCACAAUCGUGUUAGUAACAAUUAUUUUCAUCUGGUGUUAAUCUAUCUCAUUAAUCAAAUCAAUAGUAAUUUUUACAUUCCGCUGAUCAAUUGCUAAAAGUGACUGAUUAAUAAGUGGAUAAUAACAAACAGGAGGGUCUUAAUUUUAUUCCAAGACCAUAGAUGAAGAAGAAAGGAACCAUAAUUUUGGGAGAGCUAAUUUAGAAGAAGGGAGCAAUCAUAAAAUCUAGUACUAAGAUAAUACUCCCAGAGGAAAGGGAUAAAAAUUAAAUAGUUAAAGUAUCUGGAGUAGGAGUGGAUAGUGAUUCUUAAAUGGAAUAAAAAAAAUAACUCAAAAAUUAACGGUCUUUGAAAUUGCAACACCUGCAGGAUUCUAGUUCUGCUUUGAAGAAGAGUCCAGAAUCCAUGAAUGAAAGAUUAGAAGAAUUGGAAAUAGCCAAAAAGAAGUUGAUUAUUACACCUGAAUAGAAGUUUGAUUAUUAGACNAGUAAAUUAAAAUUCGAUCAUUUUAGAUUAAAAGAAUGCCAACAGCACAUCAAGAGCACUUGAAACUGCAAUAUAAAUGAUGGAGACUGUGAAAACUAUGAAAUAUGGGGAUAAUUAGGAUGUGCAGUUAAAAAUAGGAAUUCAUUUUGGGAGAGUGAUAGCUGGAGUUAUUGGUGUUCACAAACCUUAGUUCUCGUUGAUAGGAGAUACAGUUAAUACAACAAGCAGAGUAUGUAGCACAGGUGAAGCUGGAUUUAUUACUUUAAGUGAGGCUGCAUAUUUGCAUGUGAAAGACAAUACUAAAUAUUAAUUUGAGAAGAAAUCAGUUGCUGCUAAAGGUAAAGGGAUGAUUGAAACAUAUAAAUUGAUUUUAUAAUAAAAAGAAUCAACACGAAUAUUGACUCCCAAAGUAUCGACAUCCGAAUAUCAGGAUAAGAAUUCAAUUUAAUCGAAAGAACCUAGGAAGAUAAUGAAUUUUAAAUCAUCCACAGACAAAAAGAAUAUCUUUAAAAGACCGUCAGUUCAACCUGCCUAAAUCGGAGCCUUGAAUCUCAAUGAUCAUGCCAAAUCCCCCAAAGUUGUCAUUAGAUAGCUACAUAGAGAAACCCAAUCUUCCAUAAUGCCAAAUAUGAUUUUGAAAAAAAAACCAUCAAUAGAAAACGAUUUAGAAAGCAAACGAUUAAAUUCCAUCAAAUCUAAAUCAUUUAAUUAAGUACCAUAAUUUUACUAAUUUUAAGAAUGAUGAUGUGAAAGAUAACAACCAUAAUAGUAAUGCAAAGACACCUGGAUUUCAAAAAAAUUGGAUUUAAAAACGGCAAAGUGCUGUUGAAGAAAAAUUACCGAAUUUUUUAGCAUAACCCAAUAAUCAAUAGGAUUCAAUUACUUAGAUUUAGUUCCAAGUAGAUUCAAAGCCUCAAGUCUAGGCUGUAUCACAAUCGUGUUAGUAACAAUUAUUUUCAUCUGGUGUUAAUCUAUCUCAUUAAUCAAAUCAAUAGUAAUUUUUACAUUCCGCUGAUCAAUUGCUAAAAGUGACUGAUUAAUAAGUGGAUAAUAACAAACAGGAGGGUCUUAAUUUUAUUCCAAGACCAUAGAUGAAGAAGAAAGGAACCAUAAUUUUGGGAGAGCUAAUUUAGAAGAAGGGAGCAAUCAUAAAAUCUAGUACUAAGAUAAUACUCCCAGAGGAAAGGGAUAAAAAUUAAAUAGUUAAAGUAUCUGGAGUAGGAGUGGAUAGUGAUUCUUAAAUGGAAUAAAAAAAAUAACUCAAAAAUUAACGGUCUUUGAAAUUGCAACACCUGCAGGAUUCUAGUUCUGCUUUGAAGAAGAGUCCAGAAUCCAUGAAUGAAAGAUUAGAAGAAUUGGAAAUAGCCAAAAAGAAGUUGAUUAUUACACCUGAAUAGAAGUUUGAUUAUUAGACCUUAGAGACAAUUAAGAAGUUCAAACUUGACUAUGAUGAAAAGUCUACUUUUGAAAUUGAUAAUAGUCAAUUCAAAACUAACGAUCAAUAGUUAUACCAUUCUAUUUAUGAGGAAUACAAAGAGUAAGAGAAAUUAUAGAUGAGGAAUAUUUUAGUAUUUCUAACAACCUUGAACUUGUUUAAGGGUUUAUUGUUGUUCAUCAUAAGCCAAUAAUUUAAUGAUACAUAGAUUCAACUAUUAGUUGUAUAAGUGUGUUAGUUUGGGAUGUGUCUAAUUUUGACAAUCAGUUACCAAAUGAUUUUGGAAAGAGUGAAUUUGGAAAUGCUAAAGAUUAUCAUUUGGAUCUACUUUUUGGGUUCUAGUAGUCUUUCUUUGUUAAUCAUAAAUUUCGAGAAAAAGGAAGAAUUUGAGGUAGUCCUACAAACAAUAUCAAUAAGUGUUUUGUACAUCAAUGUAUAUCUUUCAUAAAUCUUAAACUAUGAGGAUAGAUAGAGAUUUAUUGCUAUGUUCAUAAUAGUGAUAACAAUAAUGAUAGUGUAUGAGGCUUAUAUUUUGGAAUUAUUAAUCUAUUUGAUGGGAAUCUCUGGAUUAACGUUCUUUUGUUAGAUGCAAGAGAAGGACCUACUAUUUAAGAACUAUUUAAUAAGUCUACAGUUGUCAACUUAAAUAGCAAAGUAUGAAAACAUGCUCCAAUACCUGAUGCCUCCUCAUGCUUUGAGAAGAUUGUUGAAUCCUGAUUAAGAGAAUACAGACACCUUUAUGGAUGUAUUGGAGAACACGACAGUACUAUUUGCAGACAUCGCUGGUUUCACUAAAUAUUCGAGUUCUGUUGAACCAGAAACAGUGGUAGAUAUGCUUAGAAAUCUAUUCUCAAAUUUUGAUGAGUAUUGUCAGAAGGCUGAAAUCUACAAGUUGUUUACGAUAGGAGAUUGUUAUGUGUGUAUGGGAGUGCUGGAUUGUAAGAAGAGAGACCCUGCAGGAGAAGUAAGUUUUAUUUUAAGACUAGGCCUAAAAAGUAUUAGCAUUUGGUUUUAGUAUGAUUGAAAUCAUCAAUCAUUACAAGAAAGACCCUCAAUACUAGCAUCUAAAUAUGAGGAUCGGAGUCCAUACGGGUAGAGUCUUGGGAGGCGUCGUGGGAACAGAUGUAGUUAGAUACGAUAUUUAUGGGGAAGAUGUUACAAUAGCGAAUCUGAUGGAAUCAUCAGGACAAGUAAUAAAUCAUCUAAUUUUAGGAGGGGAAGAUUCUCGUUAGUGAAAUCACGAAGAAUUUAGUGGAAAGCGAAUAUGAAGGAUUCUAAUUCGAUUAUGCCAAAGAUGUUUAUCUUCCCUCUAAAAAUUUAACCAUUUCUACUUACUAUGUUUCACCUAGUGAUGUAGAGUACAGUUAAAAUGAUUGA